GCGAAGAUAAACAAACAGGUAGAGCGAGAAACAAAUAGAGCUUUUCCAGGAAAAUCAAAACCCAAAUGUGUGUCUCUGUCUUUCAACAUCGCUCAUGUUUCUCUCUCUCUCUCUCUCCAUACCCAUCAUCAAUCACACUUGUUCUUCUUCUUCUCCUCCUCCAUCUUUGAUUUUUACAAAGACCUGACUAGUUAAUAGAAUCUGUCAACCCCUUUUCUCACGCAUACCUUAUAUAUCAUUUUCAAAAAAAAAAAAAGGAAAAAAUAAAAACCCAAAACCACCCUCAAUACCACCUUUUUUAUUCCAAUACAACCCUUCUCUCUCUACUCACAUCUCCUGAGCCGCCAUUCGACCCAUUUCCACCUUUAAUUUCUAGGCUUUCUGUUCUUCUCUGGUAAUUUUCUCUGCGACCAAACUGGGUUUUUUUUUUAAAAAAAAUAAUAAUUAUUAUUUAAAUAUAAAAUCCCAAAACAAAACCACCCUCAAUACCACCUUUCUCUCUCCUAUCCACAUCCCCAAUACCUCCAAAACACCCCAUUUCUACCUUUAAUUUCUGGGUUUCUGGGCUUUUUUGUUCUUUUCUCUGCAACCAAACAGGGUUUUUUUUAAAAAAACAUUUUUGAGUCUGCUAACGUGAUCGUGGCCGUACACGUGGAGGUUGGAGGAUGGUAGUACUGGCACGGAGGGGGAGAGGGAGCGGGAGGUGGGGGACGUGGGAGGAGCUCAUCCUCGGCGGCGCCGUUCUCCGCCACGGGACCCAAGCCUGGGAUGCCGUUGCUUCGGAGCUCCGAGCCCGAACCAUUUAUCCUUACAGCUUCACACCCGAGGCAUGUAAAGCCAAGUACGCGGACCUGCAACAACGGUAUUCUGGCUGCACAGCUUGGUUUGAAGAGCUACGAAAGAGACGAGUAGCAGAAUUGAGGCGGGAAUUGGAGAAAUCUGAAGACUCAAUUGGAUCUCUCGAAUCAAAACUCAAAAGUCUUAAGGCUGAAAAAGGAGAUUGCGGCUACGUUGAUGUAGGCUCCAGCCAAACCGAUUCUCCUAUACCCAUUGUGAAAUCUGAGGGAGUAGAAUCUUCUGGAAAGGAUAUCUCCAAGGAUGGACUAUCUGCCAGCAGUUUCACUCAAGAUAUCAGUACAAACUGGUUGCCUGAACAUCAGAUUCUGGCAACAGCAUCAGCUGCGGAGAUUGAUACGAAGCCAGAAAUUUCCGAAUCGUUGGAGCCGGAAAAAUGUUCAAGCAUUAAGAAAUUGGUCGAGACUGGCAAUGAACGAGGCAGGACUCUACGAAAGAGGAGGGGGAAGAGAAAGAGGAAGGAUUGUAAUAGGGAACCCAAAGAAGCGAGCAUUGGAGAUAGCGAGAAUUUGGGCUCGACCAAUGUUAUUACUGCUUCCUCGUGUAAGGAAAAUUCAACCGGCGACUGUGGUCCAACGGUCAGAUCAUCCAGUAUAAACGAUCACAAUGGAGGUUCGUGUGGGACUGGAAAUGAUGAUUUGAUGGGUAUUUUUAACUCUGUUGCAGAGAACGAGAUUGCAUUGGUUUUUCGACGUCGGCUGGAUAGCCAGAAGCGAGCAAGAUACAAGAAAACUAUAAGGCGGCACGUGGAUUUGGACACCAUACGUUCGAAGAUUGCCAGUUGCGCCAUUGUGUCUGCAAUGUCGUGACAUCGAGACCUCCUUUUGCUCGCCAACAAUGCCCUCGUCUUCUACUCUAGAAGAACACGCGAGUACAAGACUGCAUUGUUGCUCAGAGAUAUCGUUACCAAAGCGUAUCAACAACAUUGCAAGGACUCGAGAAUCAGGGCAGUCUCUCCCUCUCCCACUCCUGUUUUUCCCCUAUUCCCGAGGUGUAAUCCUCCAGUAAAGCCUCGUAGCGCCCGCCCUCGUAAACGGAAAUUGUCUGUUAAACUACCUAAUGCUGGAAAUAUGGGUCCCGGGACUCCACAAGGAUGUAAAAAGCCAAGCAAUGUUGAAAAUGCUGUGGAAAGAUGUAAAAAGCCGAGCACUGCUGAGAUUUUUGUUUCGGGCAAGCCGAGUAGUACUGAAUGUAGACCUUCAAUGGAGUCCUUAAUGAUGGGAAACGAAGGGUUUAGUACUGAAUCUAGACCUUCAAUGGAGUCCUUAAUGAUGGGAAACAAAGGGUUUAGUGCUGAAUCUAGACCUUCAAUGGAGUCCUUAAUGAUGGGAAACAAAGGGUUUAGUUGGAUUGGAAAGGUUGGAUGCGGAGGCCCUAAUCCACGAUCUAACGCGACGGUGAAGGAGAGGAAGAGAGUGCGGCGAAGAUGAGAAAUCUAGUAGUUUAUUUUCCUUCUUUUUUUUUUGUGUGGUUACACUAGGAUUUAGGACUAGGGUUGUAAUUUCAGUAAAUUGGUCUUCUGUACUAUGUGUUUUUUGUGUAGAAAGUCUCGUAAUUGCCUUGUAUGAUACUAGUUAGGUUGAAAAACAAAUCAGGAAAAGAAACAGAGCAAUGAAGAUAUUGAGAUUGUGAAUUAUUGAGAAUUCUAGAUUAGUGGGCUACAUAUUUGAAAAUUUGAUGUGACAAUAUGAGCUAUUUGUUUUCUCAGUUA